AUGAAGCGAUGGCAGGAUCGUGGCGAGGUGGAGGAUUCGGAAGGGGACGAGGACCUCAGCCUGGAUACCGAUUCUCCAAGUCCGGAACGACCGCACAAGAUAGCAAAGUAUAGCCAGGGAAACCGUGUGGAGAAUACCACUCCCAAUCCUCGAGAUGCAUCGGAAGAUGAAGAAGAAAGCAACUGGAUCCAGGCCAAAGUGGCGAAAACUUACGGGCGGCGAGGGAGGACUAUGAAGCAGACUUCCGCCUCAGCAUCUCGUCAUCAAACACCAGAUAGGGCCGUUGCAGUUGCACAACCUGGACCGAGUCUGGCCAAAGAUGGUGCAGUGAACUUGACAGACGCCGACCUUCCAAGGCUAUCGAGAGAGUCAAGCUUGGACAACAACAUAGACGGCACGAGCAUAGAUCAAGACAUCUCUGCCACUGAGCCCACCGGAGACAGCCACAUCGGUGUUGCGCUCGUGUCAGAAUCGUCUCAAGAUACUAGGAUAAGAUCCAGUCAAGCCGAUGGAGCUAAUCUCAUAACCUGGGCUCCGUCUUCAACCGAACAUAUUACGCAGCCACAGCUCAGCGCAUCGGCACUGUUGAAGCGAUCCCAACGACACAACUUACUCGCUGAUCAAAAGGAGCACGACGAAUGCGCCACACGGGUCGGCAUCACAGACCUUCCUCAGCCACCAGGACCUGCGUCUGAUGACUUGCCCGAACCUACUCUCCCAGCUCCUCAAAACGAUGACUUCUUGCGUCUAUCUGAGCUAUUGUCAUCACCUCUGAGCGAGCGAGACGUCUCACCACCUCUGGACUUCUUCCCUCGGAGACUUGAGAGCCUACCUCGGGGCAAUGACAUGGUCGCUUUGGAUGAAGCAGAAUCCCUUUCACCGAAUGUUGAUGGCCUCGAUAUCCAGCCCCACGUAUCUGCUGCGAAUGCGCGGCGUAGCUUGAGAGCUCGCCAGGAAAAGCAGCUUCAUCCAUACAUGUAUGACAAGGCCCAAUACCAGAAGCAAUUCAGAGAGCGUGGUCUCAGACCUGUACGUGUAAUUGAGCAGGACACACCAAAUGAGGAAACGCAAUCGGCUUCGCACAGCGCUACAAGCCAAAGCUCUGAUGCUAUAGCUGUGUCGUCUCCGCCAGAGAGCCAGCCUGCCCCCCAGCCUGACAAGGCGCAUCCUCAACUGGACUACUUCGAUCUUGUCGACGGCUCUUCCGAUGACGAAUUAGGAGACCACCGUCCGGCGAAACGUAGGAAAAUCGAUGCGGUCGAGAGGAGGCGCCCUGGCCAGCUCCCAGCCAUAAGCUCUGCUGCAAGACUUCGGGGGCGAUCAGUUGCGGCUCAGCAAAACUCUGCACCGCCUUCUCCGCCGCGAACAUCGAGCGACAUUGAAACCCCAAAUAUGUUUGCGAGAGGCUCCCGGCAUGUCGUUUCUGGAUUCAGGCUGCCGGGCGGGAGGGUUCCUGCUGCACUUCCUACACCCCAGAUAUCGUCGGAUGUGAGACCACAAAAUUUUGACAUCGAUGCGCCUGCAGAUUCUCCUACCAGGAUGCUUCAAUCUGCUCGCCGUGGGUCUGAUACACUAUCUUCUGAUUCAAGCUCCUCGGAGUCUGAAAACGACGCGAUAGCCGAAGCGGAAGCAAAACGGUUACGCAGAGAGCAAAAGCGCAUCAAAGGCGUCUUGCCAGCAUCCUGGCUAAGGAUAGACUUUCGAAAACAGCGGCUACCAAUAUCUGCCUCUCCGGCUGGGAGACGUGAUUUCAACGCGCAGCCUUCGCCUAGAACAGAACCUCAAAAGGGUGUGGCCCGCAAGCUCAUUACAAACAGACCAAGACAGAAAGAUUCACCGGGGUUAGAUGCUAUUGCAGAUGGUGAUUCGGAAGAUUCCGAUGUCUCUCUUCGCGAGUUUUCUGUAAAUCCCAAGCAGGCGCGGCUUGCCUUCGAGGAUCAGCGAUUGUCGAUCGACGCCAACGAAGCUGCUGUGGACGAUGAGGAAAUGGAAGAUGAUUCAGUCGAUGCAAUGCUUGCUGGGAUGUCCCGUUCURGAGGUAAAGCGCGUAAAGCGAACCAACCGCGGAUCACAGACGCCUUCCGAAAAUCUUCAGGGCCACGAGAAGAUCAUAAUCGAGAUCAUGUGCCCGGACAGCGUGACUACAGAUCCGCAGUUGCUCCUGGCUUCAGACAACGACGUCGUCGCCGUCAGGCUGGCCCGCGACCGUCUCCCCCACAUCUAAGCAUCGUCGACGCUCCUAGAUCCUCGCCGACUGGAAAUCGUGUGCCACAGUUUGUUCGUCUCGCAAUGCGCCGCGCUCGCAAUGUACCAAGUCGCGGACGUCACUCGCCAACGGAUAAAGUCUUGCGACUUGCCACUGCUGACGAUACAGAAGAGGCAUCAUCUGUUCUACGUGCCUGGCGAGAAGGGACCAUCGCAGCUCGCCCCCCGCAAAGUCCAGACAGGCUCGAUGCACUGUCAACGAGAAGGCAAGCCAAUGCCAUGGAAGGAGAUCGGGUCCCGCUUGCAAACCUCCCUGCAAACGCAUACCAACCGCGCAUACAAGCAACAAGGCCCAGGAAACCUGUAGUCUCAAUGACACAACCUCGCCAGGGACCUACGAGAAGGUUAGGGCGCCCACGUAAUGAGUCUUCAGCUGAUGAUCAGCGAGCUACGGAUCAAGAGCCACUAGACCGAAGGCUAGAUCCUGUUAUCCCACGAAGACGGCAAGCAUAUCAACACUCUCGCGUUCGCAGCGCUCAAUUGGAGACCCUAGAGACGGAGUUCGAUCAGACACACCGAGCGGCAGCGUUCAGGCGACGCAUGCAAGUCCUUGCCGAGAGCACGGCUUUACCAGAGCAUCGCUUUGCUCCGGGCUUGCAGCUUACAAGGUUCCUUCACACGACAGAUGAGAACACGUCCAGUGUCGAUGUUCAUGAUGCCGGAACGCAGGCUGCGGCAUCGGCACCGGCAAUCCCAAUUCUACCACACAGGCCACGCAAAUCGCUGGCUCGCCGGUUAGACAUAGGGACUCGACAAUACAGACAACCAAGCGAACCUCUACCAGACAUCAGCGCCGCCGAUGAUCCUCAGCAGACCGGUACAGAUACCUCAAAACCUGUAUUGGAAGGGCUGGGACCUUUUGGAACCAGAUACUCUAAAGACUUUGACAUUGAAGCGCUGGACCUUGGGACUUUCUUCCAACAUACCACAUUCAUUGGAAGCGGUGAGCUCAAUGACGCCUUCAGCUUGGCCAAGCGAGAUCUCACCUGCGCUGCAGGGCGCAUGCGAGUGCAACUGGGAAACGAGAUGGUCGAGUGGGGAGCGUGGAAUGAAGACGUGGCCGCCAGCUUCAAGCGCAUCCCAACUGUCAUUUCGGAAGCUUUGCAAACAUUGGAAACUGCGGAUUUGACCUACGACCGAGAUCAGCAGUUGAGUGCAGUUGACAGCAAUAUCGACUACUUGCUGCGUUCCGUUUCGCGCUUUUGCUCGAAGUGUCUAUAUUUUGUGGACGCGGUCGAUCGACAGCCUUGCGCUGAGAGCCUGUAUCGACUCGUGGUCGACCUAGCAGACACUCUUUCGGAGCCCGCUGCGGCAACUGAACCUUUGCCAAAGACCAGGACCAAGGUGCUUCAGUACGAAUUGGUCAUAAUCAAGCAGGCCUCUCAGAUAGGCAACCACCAUAAUGUUUCGGCAGCAACCAGGACACAGAUCGAAAAUCAACUCUCACUCACAAGCAAAAGGCUUGCCAACAUGGCCGUAAUCGGACAUUGCGACGAGCUCCGUUCUUUCUACGAGGACAACAAGGAUUCGGAAAAGCGUGGCGCAGGUGUUGAUGGAAAUGCGCAUGCCUUCAGCAGUGUUGUGAUACUCAACAAUGCCAUGCCUGCAAGCGGAUUGAAAUCUCUUUUUUGGGAGUCCAUCUGCUCUACAAUGGGGCUCGACAUCGACCAGACAUGCGCCAUCGGUCGAAUUGAUAAACUCUGGUAUGACCUUUUCAGCUUACUUCCCGCGCUGGAGAUGACUAGCACAGGCACCGUAUGCGUUGGGGGUAGGCUUAUGCAGCCACGAGAGAAUUGGAGACUGCCACAGGCCAUUCUCAGCAGAGUCUUUGAGCUCUAUGAAAGUUCCAGCGAGGUGCGCGGCUACAGUGUCAACGACUACGUGCGUGCAUUGCUGUCGAGAUGCUACACUCUCGUCAACAAAUGGGGCUGGUGGCGAUGCGAAUCCGUGUUGAACGUCAUUUACGAUUUCUUCAGCCGAAGAGGACUGGCUUUGCUCAAGAAGGAAGAUAGUCGAGGGUCUCCCAAAUUCCUUGAUCAGCUCGGCAGCAGCCUUGUCGAACUCGAUGUGCAGAACGACGAUCGCUCUUUUCACAUCUUCCUGAAGAUUCUCGCAAGCGGUUUGAUUGGUAUAAGGAAGUAUCAAUUGUACGGAGACCGCAAGAUCCAGGGUAUUGCUUGGCGAUUUAUUCCCAAUCACAACAGGAGCUACAGAAAGGACGCAGAUGUGGAGCGAUCAACACUGGACGCUCUAAGGAACCAUCAUGACUUGGUAUGCACGCUCUACUACGCAUCGCCUCCUGGACACCGCCCUGGUGUACACCUUUUGCGAGAACUUGUCGACCAUACGACGUCUCAUCGAGAAGCCUGUCGCCUGAAUGUCAAAUCAUGGGCGAAUAUCGCAAGCUUUCAAGCGUCGACUACUGAGACCCUAGAUGCGUUGAGACCAUUGACGAGCUGGUAUGCCGACAUCAUGAAGACUACGAUUGCGCAGUACCGUCUCGCAAAGUUUGAAGCCCAGCAAGCCUUCGACCAGGCAAAGAUCGAGGGUGCGAAUCCGUCCGAAGCUUUGCUUGAUAGCACCGUGACCAAUAACCAGCGGCAGCUUGCAGCAACUAUUGUCGAUGCUCUUGCCGGGCUCAAACGCGCUUUAAUUUCAGCCAGCAGCUCGUCAAUAGCUGUGUUUCUGGCGGAAGAGACGGCUUUUUGGACAGUCUUUGAGCUCUUCGACCCGUCUCAAAGACGUCUCAUCAGCGCUAUGACAGAGGCCCUGCACGUGGUCGAGACUGCCUUGGACGUCGAGCAGCGGGCUUCCUUAACCCACGAAAGCCAGCAUAGCAGUGACGACAGCCAGGACUUCGGCGAUUCRGACGCAUUGCAAGAAUUCGCUGCCCAUGAUGCUUCCGCCUCCGACAGCGUGUCGAUCGUUGACAUUCUGCUGGGGCCCGUCGGACAUUUGAUAUCUAACGCACUUGGCGCGGAUGUUGCUCCGGACGACCAACUCCUGCAAACGUCCAUCGAUUUGUGGGUACGUCUAGCUGCGUCGACAGUCAAGAACGCCAAGAAAACUUGGCUCGAUUAUGUGAACGACUACAGCGCAACAGGAUGGGGGCAAAUGCGGGACACGGUGCAGAAGCGGAAGUUUACGACUUACUUCAUGUCCCGCGUUAUCGAGCACUCCACCAUGCAUACCGACAUCAGUCACCAUGUCACUACUGCUUGGCUACUAUCCCUUGUAGAGAGAGAAGCUUUGCUGAAGUUCCAGCAUACAUUGACAUCGGCACUCUUAACACACUUGGGACACGAUCGACUAUUGCAGAACUUGCCAUUUGCGAGGGACAGCAAAGGCGAGUAUCAUAUAACUUUGCCCGAACUUCGCCAAAGGAGACUCGCUGCGAUCUCCUCUGUCCUCUGCAAUAUGCGCGAGACUCAUGAGAGCGCCGGCCCAGGCAAACCUGCCGAUGCUAUUCGAAUGGUGCAUGAAGGGAUGCUUCGGCAGCUGAUGCAAGCGAUGAAGAGGAACUACCAAGAACUACAGACGACGCAUGUCGGRGCAGUGGCAGACGCCAGCGUACAAGGUGCCUACGUCGAUUUCGUUCAGCAAGUCGUCUCCUUCCUGCAACAGCACGCCACGCGCCUCUGCAAGGUCGACGGCUUCUUCACUGACUCCACCAUGUUUCCACUGCCAUCGGACGAUCCAACGUAUGUUGUCGGCAGGCUCAAGGGCUAUGUUCCGCAUUUGAGCAAACCUAAGACUAGGAAAGAACUUGCAAUAUUCAUCCAGUCUGUCAGCGAAAGAGCUGCUGUGGACGGACAACAGCCCUACUUGGUCAACCAAAUGUCUACUGCGAUGAGAUGCGUGACCGAGCAUGGUCAGAUGGACUCUCCCAGUCUAAGAUACCUUCUUUUGACGACAGUGUUCCCCGCGUAUCUUGGGCACGCUUUCACCACGACAUGCUCUUGGGUCCUAGUCCUACCAGUUCUGCAAGCUUGUGAGCAAGUUAUACCUGAUCUAGCUUACUGUGUGGUUAUCGAAGAUGAGAGGAGCGUUAUGGCGGCCGCGGAGUCAGUCAUCGCUAUCGUGCACGGGAUCAAUCAACAGUUGGAGAAGGCCCUGAAUGGCUUUCCGGGGAUGCUGGGGUUUUCGCACKUGCUUCGGACUCUGUCAGCAAUGAUUCUUGUCGGGACGUCAACUCUAUCCUUCGCCUCCCUGAUCAAGCGGUCGACCUCACAUGGCGGAGAGCUGAUCAAGCAACUGCAGGCUCUGAGCGAACUUGCUGUUGAACUCCGGGGACGUCUCGAAAACUCAUCUGAAGUGGGCGUCUUCGAAGCGUCCAUCAUAGCAGAUAAUGCCGACUCUCCGUGGCCAGAUACGAGGGCGUAUGCUGAUACUCAAUUACGAGAUGACAUGCAUUUUUGGCAAGCAGAGGAGGGACGAUACUACUUGAAAAAGUACAAUAGAACGCAAGAGGCUGUGGUUUCAUUGCGGAGUAGUGAAGAGGAGGGAACAAACUUGCUACGGGCCAUACAUGACUUUCAACGCGCGCGCGAUGCUACAUUCAGCAUGAGAGGUCGCAGUGGAACGUCCGAUGCGAAUAGUAAUGGAUGGAUGGACGAUAUCGUCGUAUGA